CUGCCGGGCCUGGCAGGCGACGGCGCAAGACACCGGGGGGGCGGUCGGGGGGCGCGGCGGGUGACGUGGGCGGCCGGGCCGGGCGGAGCGGGGAGCCCUCGCUGCCCCUUGCCGGCUUCCGCCGCGCCGCCCCGAGCCACCUGGGAGCCCCGCGGGAGGGUGGAGGCGGGCUGCCCGCCGCCCCGGUGCGUGCAGGAGAUCGGCCCGGGGGCGGGGAGCGCGGCUGUGCUGUGUUGGGGGGGAGGCCGGCGGACAGCAUGCGAACCGGUGGCGGCGGCGCUUCUCCCGGGCCCCCGGUUCCCUUCGCGGGGUUUCCGCCUGCCGGGCACUGGAGGUUUCAGUGGGGCUUGUUCAGGCGUGGGCUUGCGGCGGGCAGGGCCGGGCCGUCCCGUGAAGAGCCCGGCGGUGGUCGCUCGGGCCUUCCACCAGGAGCCGGUGGAACGGAGCUGGAGCCUGGCCUCUGCCUCGGGACUCGUUGGCCCCGGCCUGGUCACGGCACGCCAAACCGCGUGGCGGAGUGCGAGAUGCUGCGUUCGGCAGGGAAUCCCUGGAGGGCCACCUUGUGUUCACGGCGAUGCCCGUGUAAGAUAAGAAAUGAAAUACGUGAAAUGUGGUUUUAACAACUGGGGAUGCAAGGAUGGGGCGCAGAUGCUGUCGCCAGUCUUGAGAGGGGCGUAGUGUUGGAGAUCCCAGGUGAUAAUAUAAAAAAAAAAAAAAAAGGCAUAACUCAGUUUCUCAGAGCAGUGCAUCCCAUGCAUUCAGGAUUCUAUGCAGGAACAACAGCAUUUCUUAUCUGUCUGUUAACUUCAUGUUCUGGAAUUUUCAGAGAAGCGUGUUCAGAUGACAUGUUAUAAAUUGGGGUUUACUUUCUUGCGCUUGGUGUAAUUACUGACUCGUAGCUCAUCUUGUGGAGGACAGCAUACAGAUGGAGUGGCGUUACACGUACUGUUGGUGUACAAAAGUUCCGCGUGCACCGGUUGCUGCCCUGGAGUGGAUGUCUUAUCUCUGUGGUGUUGACUUCACUAGCUUCCAGUUUUUCUCAUGGUUGUGCUAGUGAAGGCAAACUCCGCGGGGGUCAGUGGUCAGACUGGAGCUUGUGUUGCACUGUGCUGUAAACCCAUAUGUUAUAAAGAAAUGGUAGACCUGAAGUGGCGUCUGUGUGGAAUUGGAGAAGGAAAUCACCACCUCGGAACUUGACAAAAAGCAGCUUCAUUUUUUCCUUCAUCUUUCAAAAAUUACUCGGCAGUAAUUUAGUUAAUUUAGCGUGAUAUGUUCAAAUCACAGAAAUUGUUAUCCUUUAGCGUGACUUUUAAGCAGUGAUUAAGGUGAUGUUUUUUGAAAUUCAUUCGUCUGUGCUUGUAUUGGGUUUGCAUGGCGUGGUUUUGGUAGCAGGGGAGCUACAGGAAUGGCUUCUGUGAGAAGCACUUAGAAGCUUUCCCCAUGGCUUUUACGAUGGAGCCAGCGCCAGUUGGCUCCAAGGCUGAUCCACUGCUGGCCAAGGCCAACCCAAAGCCCACCAGCAACAGUGGUAGUGCCUCUGGGAUAACGUAUUUAAGGAGGGGGGUGGGGGGGUGGAACCUGUGCAACAAAUUGCAGCCGGAGAGAUGAGUGAGAAUAUGCGAGGAGAACAACUCUGCAGACACUCAGGUCUGCGCAGGGGGCCAUGAGGUGCUCCAGGCACUGGAGCAGAGAUUUUCCAGCAGCCUGUGGUGAAGCCCACGGUGUGAGGUAGGCUGUCCACCCUCAGGCCGUGGAGGCCCACAGUGGAGCAGAUCCCCACCUGCAGCCGGAGAGGGCCCCCCACCAGAGCAGAGGGAUGCUCGAAGGAGGCUGUGACCCAUGGGCAGCCCACGCUGGAGUGGGCUCCUGGCAGGACCUGUGGUCCCGUGGAGAGAGGAACCCGGGCUGGAGCAGGUUUGCUGGCAGGACUUGUGAAACCGUGGGGACCCACACUGGAGCAGGCUGUGCCUGAGGGGCUGCACCCCACGGAAAGGACCCACGCUGGAGCAGUUGGUGAAGAACUGCAGCCUGUGGGAAGGACUCACACUGGAGAGGUUUGUGAAGGACACUUUCCCAUGGGAAGGCCCCCAUGCCGGAGCAGGGGAAGACUGUGAGGAGGAUGGAGCGACAGAGAUCAAGUGUUACAAACUGACCGCAAUCCCCAUUGUGGUGCUCAAGGGGGAGGAGAUAAAAAGAGCUGGGAGUGAAGCUGAGCUCAGAAAGAAGGGUGGAGGGAGAAGGUGCGUUUAGUUUUGUUGUUCUUUCUAUCCUACUCUGGUAUUUAUCAGCAAUAAAUAAAAUUAAUCUUUCCCAAGUAGAGUGUUUCGGAUGGUAAUUGGUGAGUGCUCUCCCUGUCCUUAUCUCAGCCUGCAAGAUUUUCAUCUUACUUUCUCCACUGUCUUGCUGGGGAAAGGGAGUGAGAGAGUGACUGGGUGGGUGUCUGAUCAGCCCUCCGCAAUGUCAAAACAGAACUGUGCGGUGCCUCCGUGUAGAUAUUUUCCCUUCCGAGGGUAAAAGGAUGAUGUUAGAAAAUGAGGUUUUUAAAUGAGUUUGGGAAGAUCAGAAGCGGAUAAUUCAACAGGUCUCAUUUGAAAUGCAGUAGUCACCUACUGAAUCAGUUGUGUGGAUAGAGUUAUUUGCUUAGGCUGAAGAUGUGUAAUACUAAUGAAUCCAUUGUGGUCAUGGCAAACUAAUAUUUGUUACUUCAAUCUAAAACAUUUCCUGGCAAAAAUAGAUUAUUCAUUGCGCAGUUAACCCUGGCUUCAUUGGGGUUAAAAUCUUAGGCAAAGGAGUCACCAAGGAGCAUGGCUGGAUCGGGUUGUUUAAAAUUCUUGAAUCUCUGGUACAUGGUGAAGUUGAAGAGCUAGAUUUAGAAAUCAUCGCUGUAUUGAGCAAGAAGACGGCAUGCUGGCACUGAGCUGUCUGUGGCUGCCCUUUCUUGUGGCAUCCUUGCCUGCACACAUUUGGUUCUGCGUGGUGUUUGUGGUUUGAUUCUUGAAUGGGGGGUGAUGGCAGGCAGAAGAAGCUGGCAGAUGUCUUUCCUUUGCAGUGCUGGCCAUUCUUGCGAAAGGACGAUGACAGUUACAGAGACUGACGUGGUGUCAUGAACCUCAGGAGAGGUUUUCUGAACUGAUAACGUAACUGUGAGUUUAGAUCAGUCCUUGGUGGUGGUAGUUCACCUUCCCGUACCCUUAAAUGGCUUUACUGCCAGUUCUGUGAAGCAGCAUUCUCUGCUUUUCCCUUUGUAAAUAAAUCAAAUAGGGAUAUUGCCCAAACAGCUUUCUUCAGGUGUUUCAGUGUGCAAUGCCUAAAACCCUGUGUUGCUCUUGGGAAUUGUCUCAUAUUAGACGCAGGUUUUUAACUUCCUAAGAUCAAGGACAGAAUCCAUGAACUGUUUCUUAAUGAUACCUAGAAAACACUGUGCUUUUUUAUAAGUUGACCAGAAAAGCAUGUCGGCCCUUUUUAAGAGAGACCAAUGCCUGUGAAAGCUAUGGUACUGACCCUGAAGUCCAAUUGGUGAAGGGAAUUCGCCAGGAAUUAAAAGGGAACAAGUGUUCAGUCUGUUCUGAAUAUACAGCAUUACAGGUGUGUUAAAUAGUGGAACUACAACAGAGAAACAGCCCCCCUGGUGACAAGCUGAGAUGGCACAUCAAAAUGCAGGAGUGGGGUUUUUUGCUCUCCUCCUGUGUGUCUUCUCCGAAGUAUCACACUGCGCUGUGGGAUCUGGAUGCACAGAGAUGCGUCACAGGGCUGGGAGGAGGUGAGUGGAAAUGUCAGGAAGCAGGAGGAUGCCCUGUCGCAGGUGGUGUCCCUUUCUUCAGAUAACUAGGUGUCCAAGAAAACUCGUCUUUUUUUUUUUAGGAAGCUUUUUGUUGCUCCUUUCAAAGAUGCUCUUUGCAACUGGCAAGCUGUGCUGUUACUCUUUGUUAAUGAGUUAGUGUUGCCGUGAGUUUGACUGUCUAUUUACAGUACCAUUCGGAUGAUGAGAAAAUACUAAGCCAUGUGCUAAUCUCUUACUGUUCUCUGGAGGGCUGAUGGAACUUGCAGCGGCAUUUGCAGUGCAGUUUAUCCUUUCUGAUUCUUACAUGAGUUGUAACUCGUUGUCCCUGACAAUAAAUAGAGAGAUAAACUGUGUGAGUUAAACUAUAUAUAAAACCUGGCUAAGGAAAUGCCUAAAAUGAGAUACUGUAAGCUCAGUGUCAGUCAUGAAAGUCACUAGUUGCAGAUGUGUCUCGUCAGACGCACACAAAAAAUGCCUUUCAUGGCUGGCACUCAACAUUGUCACAUGCAUGAAAGCAGUGUAACACUGAAGCCUACUUCAGUUGUAUGGGGCAAAUCCAGAAAUCGUUUUGACUGUUAACUAAAAUUCCACCAUAUGUUUGGCUUGAAAACACUCUUAGAGCAGAGAAUGCACACACUGCGUGUUUCAAAGUGACAAAACUUGCUGGAGGUGUCAAAGAAAGUGAAGAUUUACAUUUCUUCCUUCCUCUACUCUCCCACUGUCCUGCUGACUUGUUAAAAAAACGGAUAGAACCGAUAGAAAGUUUUCUAAAGGAACGUUUGUAUCGCUGACUCCUAUCUAGAUUUAUGUUUGUUAUUUCAGUCUUCAGCGGAGCUUUUUUUAAGAUUUUUUUUAUUCCAAGCACAAUGGUUAAACACAGUACAAGUAUAUUGUAACAUUUUGUAAAAUGUAAUUUAAGCGAAGAGGCAAGCAGUUACUAAUAUUAUAUUGGCGUACUCUCAGGUUUUGACUAUAUGCCAAGGAUUCUUGCAGGCUUAGUACCUACAAUAUCGAAUGCGUUUAAAUACAGGUUGUUGGAAAUGAGGUUUGAGGUGCAAGUAAUAAAUUGCCCUUCAUUCAUCUGAUAAGGAAAACCCAAAUGCCUAGUCCAAAGUCUGCAGUACUGUGUUUGAAUGUAAGAUUUCUUCUGAUGCCAUUCUGCUGAAUGGUAUAUCUGAGGCAGCUUUUAUUGUUGGGUUUAAUCACACAAAAUGAAUUCCUCCACAGACUUUUAAAAGCUUCUUUAGGGAGCAACUUGAGGUUCUCUUUGAAUAUUUUGUUUGUUUGACUUCUUGACAGUGUCUCAGGAUUGCAGUGUAAUCUAAACUGUGCCCUUUAGUAUGGGACAUAGUAAAAAACACUUAAAUAGAUCAUUGUACAGAGUUGCUGUUUUUCACACCGUUUUAUAGUGAGUUUAACUUUUUUUAAAGAAAUGAGAGAAAAAGUUUUUGAUUCUGCAGUAGUUUCAGUGCAAGUGUACUUAAAUACUUGCCGUGUCUCCUCUUGCUGCAGCUUAAGUAUUAGAGCAGGGGGAUUUGCUGGGAAAAGGGACUGUAAGUCUGCAUAGUACUGUCAGUGCUCAUCAUUCAAGAAAUAAAAAGAAAUCAUAGGAAGAAACAAUUACUAUUAAAAGUAGUAGAAAUAUGUGCUAAUAAAACCUGGAAUUCUGCUGGAGAAAUCGAUAGUGUCCCUUCUCUCCUGCCACAUGGUUUUGUUACCAGCUGUCCCUUGUGUCUCCUACCUGCCUGCCUGGGCUGUGUGUGCAAACUGGCCAGCUGGCUGAAUUUGGUUUUGGGUGUUUUGUGUUGUUUAAGAGAAUAAGGGAAUUAAGCAUGACUUGGUGAAAAGCGGUCCUUAUAAUUUGGCUGCUUCUGUAACCAGACACCAACUUCCGCAAAAAAAAGAAGGGGAUUCAGCACCUAGUCUCCACUUUGUAAAAUUGGUUGGAGUUGACAGACAGACCCAGAGGUUAAUAUCUAAUGGAAAAUUAAUGAACCGGCUGUGUGAUUGUAAAGCGUAGGUCUUUUUUUUUUCCUAGAAUUUGAGAACGCUUGCACAUCAUCUUCCCCAUUAGGUAUUUUUAAUCCUGAUGCUUUCUUAACAUGGAAAGCUUAGUUUAAGAAAUCUAAGCCCUAUCUCCAUCUGUAUACAUGAGGAAUGUGCCACCGGGAAUGUUUGGUUACGGGGCUCUAGCUCCUCUGCACAGCCCCAAAGGAGCUUGAAAACACAAGGACAGGAGUGGGAGCCCCGUGGGGCUGCUUGUAAGCCCAUUCCUGGAGCUAGCCCGUCACAGGCCCAUCUCUGCUAGCCCAGAGGAGCACAGGCACAGGUGGGAACCCCCCUGAGAAAGGGAGAAAAGGAGCACGUUGUUCAAGCCCCUGCCAGGGCAGUCCCAGCCCAGCCUCUGCCCAGUGUCCUGUUGUGCUAAGGGAGAUGCUGCCUGCUGUCGGGACAGAUGGGCUGCAGGGAACGCCAGGUUGGGAUCCCGCAGGAUGGUUAGGGGUGAAACCAAAAGUGAGGGAAAAGAGGAGUUAAGGGAUUUGGGGACGAACAGGUGUGGAAAUAGAGAGGGGUAAAGGAAUAAAAAGGGCCGGUCGCGUUGCGUGUAGGCAGUUGGCUCGUCAGUGCACUUGCCUGGCCAUGUCCUGCACCUGGUCAGUGCUGUCUGUCCUGCUCCUUAUCAAAUUCCUUCCUGGUUGUGUCCUGGGUGAGGUCUCUCUGCCUGAUACGAGCACAGCCACAAGGCAGAGGGUCCCUUUGUCCGUGGGGCAUUGACUGGAGCAAGUGCAGCUGUGCGGGUGUCUGAUGGCCGGUGAAGCUCAACCUGGAUGAGCCGGUGAAGUGGCCUGGGAGCAAAGGCGGGGGUGUCCAUGGAUCCCUAAGGGCAGCACUGGGUGUGAGAGUGCCUGUGUCUACAGGGACAGCACCAUGGUGGGGUCAGCUGUGGGACCAGAGGAGUCUUGGCUGGCUCUGUGGACUUGUGACAGUCCGUACCAGCAACUGGAGCCAGGUUGUUGCCUGCCUGCAGGCUAGGGGUGGGGAGACUGGGGACCAGCAGGCAGCUACUGGGAGGGCCAACUGCCGGAGGGGGUCUACCUCGUAUGCCUGUAUGGAUGUUCGCACUGGUGGACUUCCACCCUGCCCAGGCAGAGAGGGAAGCUGAACGAGGCCUCUGGUUCUGCCCAUGUGUGAGUGCUGAGUGUCUCUUGUAGUGUGUACAUGUGCUCUGUGCAUUUGUGCCUGCUGGGGAUGUGUCUUCUCCUGCUCUCCUGCUGUCUUCUCCUGCUGGGACCUGGGGAUAUUUAGCAGCAGCAGCAGCCUCGCCUCUCAUGGGCUGUUUGAUUUGCUGUGAUAUGAUUUCCACUAGCGGUUUCAGUAUCUAUUGAGCAUGCUUUUUAUCAAAGUUUAAUUACCUUUUUAAGGAUGUAAUCCAAAUGCUAGGGAGAAAACGCUGCUUUACUUGUUUUCUAGCCAAUUAAUGUUACAUUAAAAAAAAUCUGUCGUUCCUUUGUCAAACUCUACUGAAAUUACCAAAGCAAACUGUCAAAUAGAAAGCCAGAGAGGUAAACCUCGUGUAUGUAAAACCAUGCCUCCGGUGACUUGUGGUUUAGUGCCUUCCCAGGUAGAGGUGGUGUCUGAAUAUUUAAUAGCUCUCAAUUAAUUUUUCUUCAGUGACUCUUAUGUAUUCACGUGUACUUGCCCAUGGCGAAGAGUUUUGUCGCUUUACUGUGUUACGUGGAGGAGUGUUUCUUUGGUUCUGACCUUGCUGGUUUCAUUUCUUAAGCCUUAGUCCAAGAAGAGGCAGAACAGUUGUUUUCCAGUCAGUAUUUCGUAGAUGGUUUUUCAUUGCUUGCCCUUAAAAUUUUCCUGGCUCAUGACUAGUUGUAUUUGUAGGAAAACUACUUGCCACUAAACAAUUUGGUAUAGUUUCUUUUCGUUUGUGGUAAUUUGAUUAUAAAACUAAGCUGUUCCCUCUCCCGCUGCUCUCCAAAAGGCUGCUGGGACUCGGUGUCUGCCGUUUGUACCACUGAUGCCUCCCCUGAGUCGCACUGACUGGGUCUGAUUCAGCAGAAGGUUUCAUCUAACAUUCCCUGGGUCCCCAGGAUGUGAACUGGAGCUGGUUGUGAGCCUCACGAAAGCUGCACGCUGGCCGCUGAAACCACUCACUGCUCAGCUGGGAGCAUCUCUUGUCUUUCAUCUGAAUGGGCUUUCACACAGCCGUGAGAUGGGAUGUCACCCAUCGUGUGCUGGAGGUGUUGGGUUGUUUGAAAGGGGACUGAUGGGGAUGUGCAGCCCACAGGUGGUUCAGCGGAGUCUUUAUGGCCAGCUCUUGCUGAAAGACGGGCUAUCACUGAAGCAGGAGGGAAAGACAGACUGAAUCUGCAUCUCCAGAAAUACGCCACCCCUUUAUUUUGAUACUGACUUAGGUGCGUUGCGUGUAUUUAGUAACCUGAAGCAGCUGAUAUCUCACCGAAUGUGGUCUGUGGAUAUAAUGUAGUAUAUACCGCUCAGCCUAGUUUUAUAACUUUUAAUUGAUCUUGUGCAAGAUCUCAGCUCCACUCUGCGGUCCGUUUGUUGAUUCUGGUUCAAGGACUUCAGCCUUUAUAGUGUAGUAAAAGUUAAAUACCAAGCCAAAUUAAUGUUAUUUGAAGCAAAAGUGGGGUUUGUCUUGUUUCAGGUGCAUGAAGGAUGCACUCGCUUUUGGUGACUGUAAGCCAGUACUCUUUGAGUUCUAAAGUCCCUAUUCAUUGCUCAAAAGAAUGAGUUUUGGCUGUUUUCUCGGGUUCGGGUACACGUUGCUGCCUGGGCAAGAAGACAUCGGACCAUCCCUGUAACCUAGCUUCCUUUCUGGAGUCUGGCUCAAUCUUCUUGCUGAUGUGAGAUCCUGUCCUCAUGUUCAGCAUUUUCCACCUCCAGUCUUCUCUGGGCAUUGGUUCAAAGGCUUUAUUACAAAGCAUUUUGUAAUACCUUUGUAUUACCACCUCCUGGGAUUGGCUCGAUAGGGGCAAGGCAUGAGCGAACUCUCGAGUAUUUGCUAAUCCUUUACGGUGCAUUUCCUAGAAUGACCUAAAGCAGUGCACAGACUGGGAACUGCUGGGGUGCUCGUGAACAGCUUGCUUCUUGACAACCCUUGAAGCUGGAGUGGUCUCUGCUGGGCCCUGUGCUUUUUUCCGCAGGAUGGAGAUUUACUGACCUGCCUUUUAGCUGGUGGUGCUAAUGGUUCAUCACUGACACGUUUUGGAAAGUAGUACCACGGCGUCUGCCAGUUGUGCUCCUUAGGGAAAGGAGAUCCCUUGCCUCUCCUGGUGUGGUGGGUGCCUGGCAUUUUCUGGCGAGUCUGCCAGCGGGCUGUAGCAUUGUAUGCUGUGCAGAUCUGCUCUACGCGUAGUCGUGCAAGUGUGAAAAGGUUCUUUGGAGCUGUUGAUAUUGACUUGAGAAUGAAGUGAAAAGAAAGUUGACCAGCAUCCAGGCCCCACAAGAGCGCACUGAUGCUAUAGUGAUGGUACUGUGAAUGGAGCAAGAGUUUCUUGUUGCUCUGGCAACUGUUGCCCCUACCCCCCAUCUCCUCCUCCUCCUGUCUCCACAUUCCCCCUAGGUGCUGCGGUUUAGUCCCUUUCCUGUGAAGCCAAGGACAAAGUGUUAUCACUCACAUAACACCUGGCCCAUCUCAGAGGAUCAUGGAUUUUCCAGGACAUUUUGAGCAAAUCUUUCAGCAGCUCAACUACCAGAGGCUUCAUGGCCAGCUUUGCGACUGUGUCAUUGUGGUGGGCAACAGGCAUUUCAAAGCCCAUCGCUCUGUUUUGGCAGCAUGUAGCACGCAUUUCCGAGCUCUGUUUACUGUAGCAGAGGGAGAUCAGACUAUGAACAUGAUUCAGCUGGACAGCGAAGUGGUGACAGCAGAAGCUUUUGCUGCUCUGAUAGACAUGAUGUAUACUUCCACACUAAUGCUUGGGGAGAGCAACGUUAUGGACGUCUUGCUGGCUGCUUCUCACUUACAUUUGAACUCUGUUGUGAAAGCAUGCAAACACUACCUUACUACCAGGACGCUGCCAAUGUCUCCACCGAGUGAUCGAGUUCAAGAGCAAAAUGCACGCAUGCAGAGGUCUUUCAUGCUCCAGCAGCUUGGACUGAGCAUUGUGAGCUCUGCUUUAAAUUCCACUCAGAGUGCAGAGGAGCAGCCAAAUACUAUGAGCUCCUCGAUGAGAAGUAACAUUGAGCAGCGCACUACUUUUCCUAUCCGUCGUCUCCACAAACGUAAACAGUCUUCUGAAGAUCGGGCCAGACAGCGCAUCAGGCCUGCCAUGGACGAGUCUGUUUCUGACGUGACUGCAGAGAGUGGGCAGUCAGUAGUUCAUUCACGGGAAGAUUUCUUCUCACCAGAUUCACUGAAGAUUGUGGACAACUCUAAGGCCGAUGCUGUUGCUGAUAACCAGGAGGAUAAUACUAUUAUGUUUGAUCAGUCUUUCAGUGCUCAGGAAGAUGCUCAAGUGCCCAGCCAGUCUGACAACAGCGGAGGCAACAUUGCACAGAUGUCCAUGGCAUCCCAGGCAACACAGGUAGAAACCAGCUUUGACCAGGAGGCUGCUUCUGAGAAGAACAACUUCCCAUGUGAGAACCCAGAGGUCAGUCUGAAUGAAAAAGAGCACAUGAGGGUGGUGGUGAAGUCUGAACCUUUGAGUUCCCCAGAGCCUCAAGACGAGGUGAGCGAUGUCACUUCCCAAGCAGAGGGCAGCGAGUCUGUUGAAGUGGAGGGAGGAGUAGUGAGUGCAGAGAAGAUAGAACUGAGUCCCGAGAGCAGUGAUCGUAGCUUUUCUGACCCGCAAUCCAGUACUGAUAGGGUGGGAGACAUCCAUAUUAUGGAGGUGUCAAAUAACCUGGAACACAAGUCUACUUUCAGUAUCUCUAAUUUUCUAAAUAAAAGCAGAGGUGGUGGCUUCAGCGCUAGUCAAAACAGUGAUGAUAACAUUCCAAAUACCACCAGUGACUGCAGAAUGGACAGUGAUGCCUCUUAUCUGAUGAGUCCAGAGUCGGGGCCCGCUGGCGGCCAUUCAUCUGCCACGGUCUCCCAUGUUGAGAACCCAUUUAGUGAACCUGCAGACUCUCAUUUUGUUAGACCAAUGCAGGAUGUGAUGGGGCUCCCCUGUGUACAAACAUCUGGGUACCGAGCAGCAGAACAGUUCGGCAUGGAUUUUCCGCGGUCAGGCUUGGGCUUGCACUCCUUGUCAAGGGCAAUGAUGGGCUCAGUCAGAGGUGGAGCUAGCAGCUUUCCUGGGUACCGCCGCAUAGCCCCCAAAAUGCCUGUGGUCACUUCAGUCAGGAGCUCCCAGCUGCAAGAUAACUCAUCCAGUUCCCAGCUGAUUAUGAAUGGGACCACUUCUUUUGAAAACGGGCAUCCAUCACAACCUGGUCCGCCACAGCUGACAAGGGCGUCCGCAGAUGUCCUUUCAAAAUGCAAGAAGGCCUUAUCUGAGCAUAAUGUCUUGGUUGUAGAAGGUGCACGCAAGUAUGCGUGCAAGAUCUGCUGCAAGACGUUUUUGACCUUGACGGACUGCAAGAAACACAUCCGUGUGCACACGGGAGAGAAGCCUUACGCCUGCCUGAAGUGUGGCAAGCGGUUCAGCCAGUCCAGCCACCUCUACAAACACUCCAAGACAACCUGCCUGAGGUGGCAGAGCAGCAACCUGCCUAGCACUUUGCUUUAAUCUUCUCCACCGCAGGCCCAAAGGAAAAUGCCAGUCUAGCUCCCUGAAGCACCACAGGAGUGUGAACACUAUUUUCUUCGAGGCUGCAGGCUCGGAGGCUGCUCUUGUCGGUCGGUGAACGCUUCCCGUGUGAUUGUGCCACACACACAGAAGUCUUGGGUCUGUCAGUUGGGGAUAUUACUUUACCUACCUCACAGGGGUGUUGUGAGGCUUAAGCAGCUGUAAGCAAAGAACCUGGAGAUCUUCAGAAGUCGCACUGUAGGUGGGUGAAGUGUUGGCUACAACGUACGUUCAGGCCUUGGGCUGCCAGGGAUACAAUCCCUAAAGCUAAGCAGUUCCUUUGCAGGGCAGAGGGGUGAGAACGUAGUAGUUAUCUCAUGAAGUAGCACGUUUUCAACAACGAGAAACUGAAGUGCAAAUUUCCUCUUUUUUUUUUUUUUCUCCCCCCCCCCCCUAAAGUAUUUUGUAAAAGUGAAAGCAUUUUAAAAAAUGACCUGUAAAACAAGUUGCUGCAUUAUGUACGGACAGUAGUGGCAGAGCUGUUAACUGGAACUAACGCAGAGUGCAUAUCUUUAAAAGAGAAGAACAACUUUGGAUGCACCCGUCUUGACAUAAUGCUUUAAAAUAUGCUAAUUAUAAAAAUAGUUCUAGGGUUAUGAAUGUAUGUUAGGCUGUUUUGUAGUAAAGGACACUGUGUAAGGAAGGUGCUUAAAUUAAAUCCCAGACAAGUAACUUUUGGACUGCCAAAUGUAUAUAGAUACUUCGAAUACAGCAAGAUCUGGAUGUUUGAUUUUUUUUUUUUUUUUUUCUGUAGAAACUUGUAUUAAGUGGUAAGUGAAGUACUGUUUCUUGUUUGUGCUAUUCUUAGCAGUAUUUUAACCGAUUUGUAUCUCCUAUGUUAAAAUUAUCUAUCCACAGAAGUCUGAAAAAGAGCUUGUCUUUGUCUGCUUUGUUAUUUUGAAGGAGAGAGAGAAUUUGUGAUGGCUUUUUUUACUGUGUAAGAUAGUCUCUUGCUGUUUCCAGAUGCUGAUAGUCAAUCUGAUCCCCGAUAUUGCAUAAGUAUAUUGUCCUUUUCGGACACGCUUACCUUCUGGCUUUAAUUUCCUCCUCUGUACACUUACUUAAUUUCCUUCACAACUAUAGAUUGUUCCUCGUAUCAAACCAGUCAGGAAUGAUCCUCAUUUGCCAUAUUUAUUUAUGCCGCUAUAAAAUGUAGUUGUUAAACACACUCUUUCCACUUAGUGUCACAAAUGUACUUUUUCACAUAAAUUAAAAAAAAAAGCGCAUAAAUUUAAUUUUAAAAAAUAGCACUUUGUAUGGCAAAAAAUCAGUGAUUGUUAUUCUUGAAGUGAAUUGUGUAAACCUUAUUUUAAUUUCCUCUUCUUUGAUACCAUUGUAACUAGUACUGUCUGCAGUCUUUUUUUAAGAUGCAAAUGAAUUAACUACUGGUGUUCAGCAUGUUGGGUUUCUGAAUAAAAUUUUGGAGCACUUGUGCUGAUAAAUGUUGCUGUACCAUAUAGGAGUUGGGUCAAGGCUGCAGCAUGUCUGCUGCUUAGGAGAGACAGAGGAUUUGCAUUUCCUGGUAUCUUAAGUCACAGAACAACAGCUUUCCGUUAAUACAAAAAAAAAAAAAAAAUUGCAAACCUUCCCCUCUUUUAUUUUAUUCUGUAUAGCAAAUGCAUUUUGUGUGAUGACAUUCAGCAGUUUUAUGGAGUUUGUGCUACCUAAUAGUUUGCCUUCUUAAACGUCUUGGAUUUAUAUUUGGAUAAACUGAAAAUAAAAUCCUUAUCCAUAGUUCUGUAGGUCAUUUAGCGGGAUGAACUAUCAAAACUGUGGAAGCAUAGAAACCAAACAGUCAUUGUCAGACCAAAGGAAAUACGGAAAUUUUUCUGUACUUGGCUUUAUGUGAAACAGUAAUCCACUAAUGAAGAAAUGUGUCUUCAUCUCUAAUUACAGUGCUUCACAUGAAAAAAAAAAAAAAAAGCCAAAUGUCUGUCAAUGUGUUACUUGCGCCUCGAGCGUACAAAGUAAACAGGAACAUGGAAACAUAGUGAAUGGAUUAAUUCCUUUAAAAUGUUAAGAUUUUGUUACAGGAUUUAUUUAAUGGUCAUAUUUCUAGCUCUUGAUUUUAUAGGCAUUAAGGAAAUGUGCUGCAUUUUUUUAAAGCAUUAGGAUAUGCCACAAUUUGUUUUAUAAUGAUUUUGAUAUCAGGGGACUAACAGCAUUGAGCUAUACUAAACAAUCUCACUGAAAUGUCAAUAAAAUGCAGUAUUUUGUACUUUAA